AUGGCCAAGUGGAGGACCGUGCUCGUCGCCCUCGUCUUCGCCCAGCCGGUUGUCUGCGGUAUCGACCACAUACGCAUCCUCGGGCCCCAGGCUGUCAACCUCUGGAAGCUCAACGCUGCACGGACACAGGCACACAGCGCCCACGACGCGCUCCUCGUCCAGUCCUCGGGGUACACCGGCGCGCCCGCGGCGGAGCUCGAGCGCAACGCGGACCUCGCACGCAAGUUCCCUGCGCAGUGGUUCGAGCAGCCACUCGACCACUUCGCGAACGGGAGCGAAACGUGGAAGCAGCGGUACUGGGUCAACACACGGCACUACGUCCCUGGCCCAGACUCGCCGGUGUUCGUGCUCGACGGAGGGGAGACGUCGGGGAUGGACAGGCUGCCGUUCUUGGACACGGGGAUCAUGGAGAUUCUGGCGCGGGCGACUGGUGGGAUCGGGAUCGUGUUGGAGCAUAGGUACUAUGGCAAAUCGCUCCCCGUCCAGAACCUCACUACGGAUUCACUGCGUUUCCUAAACAACGCGCAGUCCGCAGCGGACUCAGCCAACUUUAUGGCCAACGUGAAGUUCAACGGUUUUGAAGAGGACCUCACCGCCCCCAAACAUCCUUGGAUCUACUAUGGUGGAUCGUAUGCUGGCGCUCGGGCUGCGCAUAUGCGCGUUCUCUACCCGGAGCUCGUUUACGGUGCAAUUGCCUCGAGUGGUGUGACUCACGCAAGUCUUGAGAACUGGGAGUAUAUGGAAAUCAUUAGGAAGGCUGCGGACCUAAAAUGCUCGGGCAACCUUCAGCUUUCCAUUCAGAUCAUCGACAGCAUGUUGGGCAAGCCCGUAGCUGGAAAUGCCAUCAAGGGGCUAUUUGGUCUAGCCGGUUUGGAACAUGACGAGGACUUUGCGUCUUUGGUUGAGAGUCCGCUCGGCCUCUGGCAAGCGAGGAACUGGGACCCUGAAGUUGGAAACCCGGGCUGGGACCUCUUCUGCGCCGCUCUAGAUGGCAAAUUCGAGGAAGAUGCGGACAUGCACAUGGCUGCGUAUGACGCCGAGCAAGACAUGGUCAAGAUUGCUGGCGAUUUGAUGGUUCCGGUCCCAGUUUACAACUACGCACGUUACAUCAAGCAGGCAAGCUCUUUCCUUAAAUUUGUCGCGGCUUGCCCCAAUGGUGACGUCGAGGAGUGCUUCGGCUCGUUUGACGAUUCAAAGUUCCUCGACACUGGCCUCGACCAAGAGUGGAGGCUGUGGCUAUUCCAGGUUUGCACUGAGUGGGGAUACUUCUCGACUGCGCCUCCGGCAGGACACCCUCGCAUCGUCUCCAGUCUACUCACCCUCGAGUACACGUCCAUGAUCUGCCGUCAGGCCUACCCCCCAGGAAAGCACUUCCAAGUACCAGCUUUCCCCAACUUGACAGCCGUGAACUCUUUGGGUGAUUAUGACAUCGCCGCGGACCGUCUGGCCAUCAUUGACGGUGAAGUGGACCCAUGGAGGCCCGUCACCCCACACAGCGACUACGCCAAGCCUCGGGAAGACACUAUUCUGAGACCUUUCAAAGUCAUCCGAGGGGGCGUGCACCACUGGGACGAGAACGGACGCAUGGAGCUCCAAGAGGAGCCGUCCCAGAUUCAGAUGAUUCAUGAGCAGAUCAUCAUCUUCGUCGCGUCAUGGCUGGAGGACUGGACGGCCGCCCGUCUGGCACGCUCUGUGGUGUAA